AUGAUGAAAGCAAACAUCAGAAACACAGACGAAGAAAAACUAUACCGAUCCUGGAAUCACUCAUACAACACAAAGAGUGAUCCUGAAAUUUUGCGACUUGAAAAUGAGUCACAUAAAACUCUUCUGGCACUGCAUGAAAUUCGUCGAAAGGGACAACAAAUCCGCUCCAAUAGGUCGCUAGAGCUGGAUGCGUUGGAAAUGAGACGAAUAACACUAGUAGAAAUUUUGAAGCGAAUGGAAACUGAAUUGAGAGACAAAGACUCAGGGAAAUACGGGAAGGUUAUCGCAAAAGUGGUUGGUGAGCGCAAGGUUAAGUUGCAGAAAGCAACAGGAAUGGAAUCACGCCUUUGUCAGCUGAUGCACCAAAUGCUUGCGAAGCAGCACCAACUGAAGAUAAUGAAAAACUCUGCAAAAGCGAUACAACAACUAUAUAAACGCCACGAGCUUCGAAACAAGGAUGAAUUCCAUUCAUACGAUGCGUUAUCACUGAAGCUCGAAGCUUCUCGUUUGUCACUCUUGGCAAUGUAUGAUGACGUGUUUGCACAGCAACACCGGGUACUAGCUAUUCUACAGGAUAAGAAGACGGAAGGAACCGUAUCAAACUACUCGUUGCCCAAAUCCAGGAGCAUGCCCCCGAUCCAAGUGCUGCAGGUUAGUACAAAGCAUCAGUUUUCUGUUGAAGAUCUUCGAUCACCAAAUUCCAUGGGUUCCAAUGAAGACUCUAAGUCUGCAAUGGAGGCGCUCGAUGACGUCAGUCUUGGCAGCGGAACAAGAUUAUCCACUGAUGAAGUAAAAACGAGCAUUUCUAUUUCAAAUAACAAUGUGCAAAACCGUCAGACAACUCCAGAGGAUUGCUCAAUGAUCAAAGACCCAAAUAGCAAGUCUGCUCGAGAGCGACGCCGAGAGAUUGAACAUCUCAGACAAGCGCGAGUACUGGGGAAUAGUAGCCCCCAUUGGAGUAGUCUCUCAGUGACAGCAAUUGAAGAAAGUGCAGGAGCGAGUUCGCACAGACAAAGGAUGAGGGAGCUCGAAGCGGUGCGAAAGAAGCUUACGACUAAAGCGUCCGAGCCGCCGAACAUAAAUGAUGAUAAUGAUGAAUUGAGACCAAGGGGAAAGGGCUCAGCAAAAACUAGAUCCCCGCAAACGAUGCUGUAG